AUUUUGACAUCUGUGAAUAGUUUGUAAGCUGCUGUGGUUGCAGGCUUACAGCCCAUUUUCCAGCCUGCUGCAGAAGCGGCAAUCUACGAGCGGCACGCCGGUGAAUCUGCUGCCCGGUUCCCUUGCAAACCAUCAUAGUUUGGACUUUCAGAACAAAAUCUUCAGAGGAAUAGUAUCGUAGUCUUUAAAUCAUCGUUUUUGUCCCAGCCAUGGCUGUGAACGUGUUCUCCACAUCGGUGACAAGUGAAAACCUCAGCCGCCAUGACAUGCUCACAUGGAUAAACGAGUCUUUACAGAUGAGCCAUGCCAAGAUCGAGCAACUGUGCUCAGGUGCUGCUUACUGUCAAUUCAUGGACAUGCUGUUCCCGUCAUGUAUUCCGAUGAAGAAAGUCAAAUUCCAGGCCAAACUUGAGCACGAAUACAUCCAUAACUUCAAACUCCUUCAAGGCAGCUUCAAGAAGAUGGGUGUUAGCAAAAUUAUUCCUGUUGACAAGCUUGUGAAGGGCAAGUUCCAGGAUAACUUUGAGUUUGUGCAAUGGUUUAAGAAGUUCUUUGAUGCAAAUUAUGAUGGAAAGGAAUAUGAUCCAGUGGCAGCUCGGCAGGGACAUGAAAUGCCCUCCAGUCAGAGUCCAGCAACAGCUACAGCUAGCAAGCCAAAGAAACCCAGCUCAGACACUGGCAUCACACCUGCAGUCAAGCCAAUGGCCCCUGUUGCUCCACAGCGUUCAGCCACAGCACCUAAAUCUGCACCAAAGGCAGCUCCAGCUGCACCGCGAGGCGCAGGAUCAGGCAGUGGCGAUGAAGAGAAAGGAGCACUUACUCAGAUGAUAAAUGACCUGAAGGCUACUAUUGCUGACAUGGAAAAGGAACGGGAUUUCUACUUUGGCAAACUGCGAAACAUUGAGCUCAUCUGCCAAGAGAAAGAGGGUGAGGGUGAUCCUUCACUGCAAAAGAUUGUGGAUAUUCUGUACGCCACAGAUGAUGGUUUUGUAAUCCCCGAGGAUGAGGUGGGCGAACCAGAAGAGUUUUGACCAAUACAGGGGUGACCGUUUUAAAAAAAAAAAAAGAAAAGUACCCUGCUGGAUGCACACAAAUGUACAUACUGAUGGCUGAUUCCUGCUGUUCUGCUGAACUUGCUUUUGGUCCAUCAUUUUGGACUUUGACUUUUGAAUGUCUUUUUAUUCAGGGAAGUUCUAUACCUUGAAUUUUCAGCUGUUUUUUUUUUUUUUUUUACUGACCAUCAAAAAUUAUUUUUGUGAAUGGAAAAUAAAGUACUUAUCAAAGGCUGUUUGUAUAAAGCAGUCCAAUGA